AUACAAAUUAUCAGGAGUGUGUGACUCGGCAGAAUGUUGGUUAUAGGCUUAUUCAGACGAGUGAUGAUUAUCCAGCAGACUGGCUGGAUGAAUCUAUGAUAUUAAACCUCAUAAGAAAGGGGAUAAAGUUUAUGGAUAUAACAGAUUAUACACAACUCGGGUCUACUAUUAAGACAUUCAAAAAACAUGCCUAUCCUCCAAGUCCUUCGUUUCGGGAUGAAGUGGAACCAAUAAUUGGCAACCUAACCACAACUUAUAUGAAAAAAAAUCUUAAAAAAUUCACAAGUUUUCAAACUAGGUAUUACCGAUCACAAUAUGGAGUUCAAUCUUCUGACUGGCUAUUUGAUCAAAUAUCCAACAUCAUAAAAAAUGCAAAUCCCGACAGUAAAACGAAUAUUACAGUUGUAAAGUUUGGACAUAAGUGGCCGCAAAAUUCGAUUAUUGCCAGAUUUGAAGGUUACAAUGUCGAUAGUUCCAAUGAAGUAGUUAUCGUUGGAGCUCAUCAAGACUCUGUUAAUAUGUGGUGGCCAUCAUUUGGUAGGGCGCCUGGUGCCGACGAUGAUGGAAGUGGUACAGUGACAAUUUUAGAAGCAUUUAGGUCGCUGGUGGCAAGCGACUUCAGUCCAGCUUUGCCAGUUGAAUUUCACUGGUACUCCGCUGAAGAAGGUGGUCUUUUAGGAUCACAAGAUGUUGCACUAAAAUAUGAAAGUGACAAAAGAAAUGUUAUCGCAAUGUUACAAAAUGACAUGACGGGAUAUGUAGGAAGGAAUCCCGAAGCUUUUGGAAUAGUGUUUGAUCAUGUCGAUCUUGAUUUGACCAAUUUCGUCGGCAAACUUAUAGAAGCCUAUGCCAAAAUUCCUAUGGUUAAAACCAAAUGCGGUUAUGCUUGCUCUGAUCACGCAUCCUGGUUAAAAGCUGGGUAUCCAUCUGCUUUUGCGAUUGAAGGAGAAUUUGAAGACACCAAUCCGCAUAUUCACUCUACGGGUGACCUCGUCGAAUAUCUCAAUUUCGAACAUAUGUUAGAAUUCGCAAAGAAUUGA